CUAGAGACAACUCUCUUUUUAACCAUAUUUCCCUCCUUCUGCAUCCCCUGAACCUCUUCAAUAGACGGUCUGAAGAAUCAAUCCUUGGAACCCCCAGUAUUUUUGUCUGCACAGCCUCGUCUUCACGAGGGUCACUUUGACAAUAACGGAAAGGACCCUGAACAGAAGUGCUAAAUCAUUACGUACCUAUCAAUUGCUCAGCCUCACCUCAUGCCUUCGGUUGCUUGGUUACAUGAAUACAACCAAGUUAGUAAAUAAAUAGCACAGCCGAACGCUCCCAUCCUGUGCGCCCUGUCUGGGAGCUCUUGUCACCUCUAUCGUCACGUCGUCAAGCUUCCUUCAAUAACCUCCCGUUCUCUCGAGCCGGGGGAGUCCGGUUCGAGCCGACAAAACCUCAUGCGCCGCCCCCAAUCGCAUCAGUCCCUCGCCCCGCGACGACGCCGGUGAUUGACAUCUUCCUACUACUUCGAAUCCAUUGCUUUUUCUACUACGAAUUAUACCCUUCCACGAGACUUUGGGCUUACGUUAUCCUCCCUCGACGCAACCCCGCGCCCUCUCAAGACUUGAGAGAAAUCGCAAACCUUAUCCUCGACACCGAAUCAUGAGCAGCUCUGACUCGGUCGGGUCAUUGCUUGCGGCCAUUGCGACUCUUUUAUCUCAGGGAUUGCGAAUCCUCAGUUUGGCCGACAAGAGCCAUUGGGGACCGGACGAGCACGAGCAAGUACACGCCUUUGCUUCUGCGCUGGAUGAAGCCAAGAAGGACUUUCAAGAAUUGGCACCUUUGGUUAAUGGACAGAUAUACUAUGAAACCGACCGGAAACAUGAAUCCAUCGAAGAGCUGAGAGCUCUCAAAGCUCAAUUUACAGCUCAUAUAGAACAGAUACGAGAUUGGAGUCGCUCAGGCGGCCCAAUCAACCCAAUAUGGGUCCGCGAAACACAUAGUUUACAACGAAAAUUACACAGAGCACAAUGUCGAGCAGCACGUCGAAUUUACAGUUCGGAAAAAGAAGGAUCGGCAAGGUGUUUGGGAGCUUUCCUCGUCUACCGACAGCAGCGACAAUGGACGUUAAAUAAGAUCGUGCCAGACGAGGCCGAGUAUUCGAGAAGAUAUCGGGAGGAGCUACGCCUAUGCAAUACUAUUGGGUCGUUUAAGCGAUUUGGCGAUCGAGAUAUUGCUUUUGUUUGCGACUAUUGCGAUGGUCACAUAGUAUGGGAGGAUAUUGAGAAUAUGCCCUCGAUACGGACGUUCCAAGAAGCCGCCGCGUCUCCAAUAUUGACACUAUCACCAACAAUCGAUAACCCUCACUGGCAAGCAACAGCGUUCACAUUGUCUGGACAUCAAGAGAAGCAGGUUGUAUUUGCGCCCGUAGCCAUCGCAAAUCAUAUGGCACCACAGCCUCGGGAUUGGCAGGCCGGCUUACUGUGUCCAUAUUGCGAAGUGGAAUCAACAGAACCUCAAGAGCAGUAUGAUGACGAGGAUGCAUAUCGACCAGAUUUGGGCUACGAAGACAUGGAGGCAUUUCAGGAACAUCUUGAAUGGCAGCAUACAGUGAUGGCGCCAACCUCUCAAGCACAAGCGACUUCAGAUAAUUGCAUAGUGAUGUAGUUCAGAGCAAGCGGUCGGUUUUGGAACUUGCUAACAAAAAUAUGGUGUUUUUCUUAGUGAUUUUGGGUAGAGCAGAUGACAUCUGGAGUUUGGAGUCUCAUACGGUAUGACUUAGGUGAGAGAGCAUGGUUCAGGAGCAGCAUUGAAGUUAUGAUUUAGCAAGAAUUGCCAAAGCCAGCGUGGAUAGACGAAUUAACUUAGUCAUAAAUGAUCAUACAAGUACACAACCCAGCAGCACCCGCUCUUGAUAUAAGGGCACAGCUUGGGUCUCAUAUACCCCUGAGAUGUUGAAUUGUAGCUCUCAAAUUGCACACUCCCAGAGUAAAGUACAAGUGGCCAG